AGCAGUAGUGAUUUUACGCACGCACCCAGAAUGCGUUCUGGACUAGUAUCCAGUCUCCAACCGGACCUCUCCCGAGGAUUUAUUUUACAGCGAGGUAGGAUUUUCGUAUUGGAAUUUUAAAAACAUUAAAGAAAAUUGAAGAAGGUAGCGUGAACACCAGAGACGACAUGGACUGCCUCUGAGCAAACGGAUCACACUUUUCAUCGAGAGAAGAUAACCAAGAACUCAUGGUUGGACUUUGCGUAAAACCGCAUUUCUUCGGAUAAGAAUGACCCCAUUCGACUAUAAGCCUCUACUCCUACACAUCGUGCUGCUAUGGUUCAUCCAACCAUCCUCCCCUCAGACGCAGGAAGUAACGGUUUGCUCCGGGACCAAGAACGCUCUGAGCAUGACCGGAAGCUCAGACAUGCAGUACAAGCUCAUCAAGGAGAUGUACACUGGCUGUGAGAUCGUCAUGGGCAACCUGGAGAUCAUUAUGAUGGAGCCGUCCAGGAACUUCUCCUUCCUGCAGUCCAUCAGAGAGGUGACGGGCUACAUCCUGAUAGGUCUGAACCAGUUCAGCCGUCUGCCCCUGGACAACCUGCGCGUAAUCAGAGGCACCACCCUGUACGAGGGCCGCUUCGCACUGGCAGUCCUGGUCAACUACCAGAAGGACGGGCAGUACGGCCUGCAGGAGCUGGGGCUCACACACCUGACAGAGAUCCUGGAGGGAGGUGUUCAGAUCAUCCAGAAUAAGUUCCUGAGCUUCGCUCCUCAGAUCAACUGGCUUGACAUCGUGAAGGACUCCUCGAGUGAGAUCAUCUUCAACGACAACGGACCAGAGAAGAAAUGUCAUAAGGCCUGCGGAGACGUGCCCUGUUGGGGUCCAGAGGCGGACGGUUGUCAGAUCCUGACCAAGACGAUCUGUGCGCCGCAGUGUAACGGCCGAUGCUUCGGACGCAGCCCGGGCGACUGCUGCCACAUGGAGUGUGCGGGGGGCUGCACGGGACCCCAUGACACAAACUGCUCUGCCUGCAGGAACUUCAACAACUCGGGCUCCUGCGUGCCUCAGUGCCCCAAGACACACAUCUACAGCAAGCUCACCUUCAAGCUGGAGCGGAACCCCAGCGCCAAGUACCAGUACGGCUCCAUCUGCGUGGCGCAGUGCCCCUCUAACUUCGUGGUUGACGAGAGCUCCUGUGUGAGCAGCUGCCCCAAGGGCAAGAUGGAGGUGGAGAAGACGGAAGGAGUGAAGAGGUGCGAGCCGUGUGGAGGACCCUGUCCAAAAGUGUGCAUCGGGACCGGCCCGGCCGAACGGCAGACCGUGGACGCCCUGAACAUCGAGAGCUUCAGGAACUGCACCAAGAUCCAGGGAAGCCUCCACUUCCUGGUGACUGGGAUCAAAGGGGACGAUUACAAGAACAUUCCGGCCAUCGACCCUGAGAAGCUGAAGAUCUUCAGCACCGUCAGAGAGAUCACAGACUACCUGAACAUCCAGUCCUGGCCGACCAACAUGUCAGAUCUGUCCGUGUUCUCUAACCUUCAGACCAUCGAGGGCAGGACCCUCUACAAAGGAUCCAACUCCAAAAGGGGGUACGCUCUGCUGGUGAUUGGGAUCAAGUCCCUGACGUCUCUCGGGCUUCGGUCGCUGAGGAAGAUCAACGACGGCGGUGUUUACAUUACGAGGAACCAAAAGCUUUGCUACCAAGAAAACGUCAACUGGACACGCCUGUCCCCCAAGAGCUCCCGCCCGAGGGGCCGCAUGAAGAACAUCGACGUCAAGGAGAACGGGGCCCGCGCCCGAUGUGUUAAAGAAGGCCACACCUGCGACCCCCUGUGCUCCUCUGAUGGCUGCUGGGGUCCGGGGCCCAGCCAGUGUCUCGCCUGCAAGAACUACCGCCUCGGAGGCACCUGCGUGGAGCAGUGCAUGUUCCUCACAGGUGACAGGAGGGAGUUUGCGACGGCUGAAGGAGAAUGCGUGCCCUGCCACGCUGAGUGUGAGCUCCAGCAUGGGAGGCCAACCUGCACUGGGCCCGGGGCAGACCAGUGUGUGGCGUGUGCCCGGAACAAGGACGGCCCCCACUGCGUGUCCACCUGCCCCAAGGGGCUGAUGGGAGAGGGGGGGGUCAUCUUCAAAUACCCCGACAGACAGCACAAGUGUGAGCCCUGCCAUCUCAACUGCACCCAGGGGUGCGAUGGUCCAAACAUCGGAGACUGUCUGGAAUCCCGGGGUUCCAUGUCUAGCCGAACGACCACGGGCAUCGUGGUGGGAGUCAUCGCCCUCCUCUUCGUGUCGUUCUCCAUCUUCGUCCUGACCGUUCUCUACCGCCGCGGCCUCGCCAUCCGUCGCAAGCGAGCCAUGAGGAGAUACAUGGAGAGCGGAGAGAGUUUUGAACCACUGGAUCCCAGUGAGAAAGGAGCAAAGGUUCACGCUCGCAUCCUGAAGGUCACAGAUCUCCGUAAGAUCAAACUCCUUGGCCAGGGCGUGUUCGGAACAGUCCACAAGGGCAUCUGGAUUCCUGAAGGGGACACGGUGAAGCUUCCAGUGGCGAUAAAAACCAUCAGCGACCGCACAGGGCGCCAGAAGUUCCAUGAGAUAACAGACCACAUGUUGUCCCUGGGUAGUUUGGACCACAUCAACGUGGUCAGGAUCCUGGGCAUCUGCCCGGGGGACAACCUACAGCUGGUCACCCAGCUCAGCUCCCAGGGCUCUCUGCUGGAGCACAUCAAGCACCGCAAGAACAACCUCAGCCCCCAAAGGCUGCUCAACUGGUGUGUGCAGAUCGCCAAGGGCAUGUACUACCUGGAAGAGCAUCGGAUGGUCCAUAGGAACCUGGCGGCAAGAAAUGUGCUUCUGAAGAACGACUACAUGGUCCAGAUCUCAGACUACGGCAUUGCGGACCUGCUCUACCCAGAUGAGAAGAAAUACUUCUACAACGAAGUCAAGACGCCAAUCAAGUGGAUGGCCUUGGAGAGCAUCUUAUUCCGCAGAUACACCCAUCAGAGUGAUGUCUGGAGCUACGGUGUGACCGUAUGGGAGAUGAUGUCGUACGGGACCGAGCCCUACCCAGCCAUGCGUCCACAGGAGGUCCCUGACCUGCUGGAGAAGGGCGAGCGGCUGUCCCAGCCAACCAUCUGCACCAUCGACGUCUACAUGGUCAUGGUCAAGUGUUGGAUGAUCGAUGAGAACGUCCGUCCGACCUUCAAAGAGCUGGCCAAUGAGUUCACUAGGAUGGCCAGAGACCCCCCGCGGUACCUGGUGAUCAAAGGCGACUGCAGCGCGGCAGACAUGGCCCCCGACGACCACCUGCAGCGCUCAGCCGACCUGGAGGAGAUGAACGGCGAGCUGGAGGACCAGGAGGCCGAGGGCCUGGAGGAGGGCCCCUCCACGCACCACCUCUACAUGUCCCCGUCACGGAGCAUGUCACGCCUCUCCAAGAUGGAAAGCAUGAGGAUGAUCCAAAACACAUCAAGCAUGGCUGGAUACCUGCCCAUGACCCCGGGGGUGGACUGUCCAGGACAGGGCGCGUGGCCGUCCCGCUCGCGGCUGAACUCGGCUCGGACGGUGUCUGAGAGCUCCGAGGGACGCGGCACCGUCACGGACCAGGACAUGAACGAGGACUUCUCCCUGACCGGAAGCCUGAGGAGGAAACGCCAGCGCGAGGACAGCGCCUACCUGUCCCAGAGAGACAGCAUGUCCGGGGGGCCCCCGCAGACCCCCUCUCCGGACAUCCACAACGAGGAGGAUCAGAACGGAUACGUGCUCCCUGGGGAAAGCCCAAAGAGAGACACCAUGCUCUUUGUGGCCCAGGUCACUCCGUUCAAAGACCGGAUGUGCAUCGUUCACUCUCAGGGACCCCCCAGCGACCCCGACCAGGAAGACUACGAGUACAUGAACAAACACACGGCCUCCCGGGCGUCAAAGCCCCCGGGGGGCCCGCUGAAGGACGGCGGCUCUUGGGUCCAGAUGAGGGACCUGGGAGGUCACCCUCCACGCGAGGACCAGGACGCCCUCCGAGGCUCGACCUCAGAGGACCGGGCCUCUCUGGAGUACGAGUACAUGGACAUCAGGGGGAGUGAGGUGGAGGAGAGCCUCCCUCUACAGACGCACGAGGCUCCCCCCAGAUCCACGGUCCUGGAGAACGUCUACAGGGAGGUGCUGGAGGAGGCGGAGGAGGACGACUACCAGGAGGCGGAGGACAACUACCAGUACACCAACCGACAGCCCAAGCUCCGACAGGCACUGGAACAGCGGAAAGAGGGGACGGGGACGGGGCCGGGCCGGGGCCAGAGGGAGGCGUGUGAGUAUGAGGACAUGAACUCGCUGAGCGGGGAGCGAGGAGGGGAAGAGAUGGCCGUGUACCAGAACCUGGGCGGGGAGGAGGAGGAGGAGCAUGCCGCCCAGGGCAACGAGGGACGGCGGGCCUCGGGAAUCGACCCGUACGUUAAAGUACGGGCGGGGGCCGCGAUCGGAGAACCCGCCGGGGUGGACAGAUCUUUUGACAAUCCUGACUACUGGCACAGCAGGAUGUUCCUCAAGUCGAACGCUGUGCGUACAUAGGAGGAUUGAACCAAGGAGCCCAGGUCUCCGGUGAAUGAUUGCAUGAAGGACCCUGAAGUGGGACACAAUCAGAAGCCCCCUCACCCAGUGCCCCAGGACCCCUUUUGUAUUUUGUAUUUUUUGACCUUUUGGUAUUUCCUGUUACACUACCGGAUGUUUACAGACUUGAGCUUCUGAGUAUUUUUUGCUAAAAUGGCACUGAAUGAACCGAUGCAACAAAAAUGGCCAGAUUACCAGCUUUAAGCUUUAUGAGCUUCUGUGUUUACUUAAUGAACAAAUGAAUGAAAUCUUUUUUAGCAGAGUAUUUUGGGGGACUUUUAAUCUUCAUGUUUUCAAACCUCUCUCAAAUCAUGAUAUUGGCCUUUUAUAUACGUUUGGUUUACACACUUAAUAAACCUUGAAUAUUAUGAUCUUGGAAUAAAACCUUUUUCACUUACACUUCACUGAACCUGUCUUGUAGUUGUCUCUUGCCUUCUGAUGAAGGGUUUCAGGUUACAAUGUAGCGCACACCAUCUUACGAAAGAAGAUAAGUAGAGCCAGGGCCGUCGAUAAGGGGUGAAAGGUGAUGACGAUUCAGGGGGCCCACAGCCCAGGGGGGGCCCACAAGAAAAAAAAAAAAAGUUUUUUAUUUUAUUUAAAAUUAUU